AUGGCGCCCAUGCCGCGGACGGCUCGGCUCGUCGACCGACAGGUCGAUCUUGGAGAAGCAGUUCGCCCGCAGGGCGACCAAGGGCGAAGCUGGGCGAAGAUCCUGAAGAGUGAGCUUGGUUUGAUGAUCCGACCUUUAUCUCUUCGAAGUCUUGCAGAAUGCCGUGCCUUGGAUGAUGGACGUCAUGCGAUCGGUGUCCGUGCCGUGCCGCCGGUUGCGCCGAUCGACGGAGUCAGCACCUUCUUGAGCAAUGUGCAACACGGUGUCACGCUGAGAGCGGCUGGCAGCGAGGUGGAUGAUGGUUUCAUGGGCAUUGGCUUCAAAGCGGUGUACAAGCGCUACGCGCGAGUGGUGAUUCACGAUCAGCUCAGCCCUGAGAGAGCUACAGCCCUCCCCCCCCGCAGCCGCUCGCGCCGCUCCGGCGGACGCCGGGAUGACCGUCGCGACGACCGCCGGGACGACCGGCGGGCAGAUCCCAAGAAGAAGAGCGAGAAGCGCAUCCCACCACCCGCAGUGAGGGGUCCAGACAAGCCACAAAUUACAGAGGAACAGAGAGCCAACAGUGUGGAGUACAAUGGAUCCUCAUUUGCAGAAGAUGAUAGAGGAUAUUACUAUGCCACCUUAGACUUCACGCCUCCAAAUCAAGGUGGUGAUUCCGCCGGGCAGAAGACGCGCAUCCAGAUGCCCUAUGGUUGGGAGGUGGCCGACAUCACGGACGACGUGCGCGAUGCGGUCGUGAGGCUUCACACCUUCGGGACAGACUUCGUGGUGGGGGAGAGUGGCAAAGCCUUCCAUACUGCCAAGGGCCAAAGGUCUGAGACGCGGGCUUUGCACGUGUGCGCGGGCAGGCUCUGGCGAUUUACCUUUGAGGAGCUGCCAGGCUGCGCCGGCUCGACCUACGGCUGGGUCUUACAGCCACGCUGGGAACAUCCCGAGGCACUUUGGGAUCCUCGCGGCUCGCCGACCUUUCCAUGGUGUCACUUCCAAUUGGAACGACCCAGGGAGGGCUUCGCUGGAGUGACCAAGGACCUGGCGCGGCUGCCAGAGAGCGUGCAGCGUGCAUGGGGCAACCUGGUGCCCGAACUUUUGCACAGGCGGUGGAAUUCUGCAGUUCUGACCUUUGGUAUGCUGGUUAUGAGAGCCACUGCCCUGCAAGAGGUGGAAGCGGCUUUAAGCUUGCCUGAGCAUUGGAUGAGACACCAGAAGAUCUUACCAGACUUGGUACAUGUGACUUGCAGCUUCUUCCAGGAGUAUGGCUGGCGGCUGCUAGAUGCGGCUCAGCAGCCCGUGGGCCCCUACCCUGUGAGCCACCUACGGCAUUGGGUCGCGGAGGGCCGACUCAACGGUCAGGCGCAGGUCCGUGGCCGUGGCAUGGGCAGCUUUCGAGCGCUGCAGGAGGUGCAUGCGCUGGCCUUAUUCUUCCUGACUUUUGGGCACACUGCUGCCUGUUGUCCCGAGCCCGUGCCCCUGGCACACGACGGCAGCCGCGGCUCGAUGCAUGCCGUGCGCGGCUCGAUGCCGCCGCUCGAUCGGACCACGGUACUGCCGACCGAGCUGCGCACCACCGUGGGGGGGCACAUGCAGGUGGAGAAGGGUUCAGCCUGGCCGGUUGACUUUGCUGACAAUGCAUGGAAUAGAGCCUUGCUGAUGACCUUGCCAAGGUGGCUCCUGCUCUCAUUGGCCCUGGUACUGGCCUGGCGCCACUUCCAGCGGCCGCACCUGCGCUCGGCCCUUCUGGCUGGAGAAGCGCUGGUGGCCGAGAAGCGGAAGAAGAGCAGCAAAGAGGCGGCCAAGAAGGAGCUGAGUGUUGCAGAGCGCAGCGCCCAAGAGCUUACAGAGGCCGUGCAGUGUGGCUUUGCAGCUGCGAGAGGUUCAGGAGAGGAGAGCAAGGAGAUUUCAGUGAGGCUGCAAAGUGGGAAGGAGUGUCAGUUUCUAUGCUUGGCACCCGGAAAGUUCAAGGAGCUUCGAAGCUUGUGGGGUUUGACAGAGGAGCUUUAUUGGACCUGUUUAUCAGAGGACUUGCGUGGAGGCAGUCCCGAGUCGAGUGGGAAAAGUGGGAGCCUGUUCUGGGUCUCGCAGGAUCGUUUGUUGGUUCUGAAGACCCUGGAGCGACUGGAGAUGAAAACCCUCUUGCAGUGCUUGCCACGGUAUGAGCAGCAUUUCAGCACCUACAAGCACUCCCUUUUGUGCCGGUUCUUUGGUGCUUAUGAGGCGCAAGUGGGACGCCGGCGAGUGCCACUGGUGGUGAUGAACAAUGCCUUUCCGUGUUUGUUACAGCCGGAUGUGGUCUAUGAUCUCAAGGGCACCACCGAGGACCGAUGGGUGAGCCCCCGCCCUGGCGUCGUUUUGAAGGACCUGAAUUUUGCAGAUAAGAUCAUUGGCAUCCCGGAUGUGAACAAGAAAGCAGCCUUGCUGCAUGCCUUCAAGAAGGAUUCCCAAUUUCUCAGGAGCCUGCGCGUGAUGGACUACUCAGUUUGUCUUGGGGUGCACUAUUGCGAGGGCAGUUAUCCGGAUGUGGACUACAUCACGGCAGAGCCUGGCAUCUCUUCCAGUUUAGCUGUGCUCAAGGGCUAUGAACCCAAGUACCAAUGCACCCUUUUGCGGACGGAGGCGGCUCAGAAAGUGAUCUAUUUCAUCAGCAUCAUCGAUAUCCUCCAACAGUACACUCUUCGAAAAGUGAUCGCACACACCUUCAAAUCCUUGAGUUUGGGUUGGCUGCACGAAAUUGACACCGCGCCACCCCACUACUAUGCCCGACGCUUCAAGACCUCCUUCACCGGGAAAGUGCAGUGCUUCCGUGAGCCCGAAGACCGUGUGGCGCGCUUCUCACGUCGCCUUCGUCUAGCCAUUGAGGCUGGGACCAUUGCUUGCCCAACCUUCAUCAAUCCGAUGAACACGGAUUCGUGGGACGUGACCUUGGAUGAAGCCGUGGACUUUGCCGUCCGAUGUGGUGGCCAAUUGAUGGUGGCUCGACAAGGCCUCUUGCGGAGCCGGAUGGAAGAGGUCGAAGCCUUCCUCGAUAUGGAUCGACAUGCCUUGAUUUUCCAAGAGAUGGCCCGAAGCCCCUUUGGGGGGGGCCGACGGCCCACCUCCGCCGUCGCUUGCUACAAGAUCCGCCGCGUGUACCUCACCAUCGUUUGCCAUCGGCCACGGGACCUGUACUGCAUUGGGUGCCGUUCACACAUGAAAGUGGAGGCCGAGCCCCAGGAGUCUCGUCGCUUCACCGUGGAGGCCGACGACGCGGAGCCCCUGCGCUUCGUGGCGCCGUCGCGGCGGCAGGCGGAGCUUUGGGCCACGGCCUUGGAGGUGGCGGCCGGCUACGUCGAAGCGAAUGUCGAAGACACCUCCGGACCCGCGAACGUCGGAGCUCCCGACGGACCGAACAGCAGUGGGGCCAUCCGCUCCGCCGAACGGGCGGCCAUUUUGGGGUCUUUGGACGAGUGGGUGCCGAUCCAGGCGGUGCUGGCCGUGGCGCGACCCGCCUCUCAAGGCUUGCUGGAGCCCUAUUUGUUGGGCCCAGAGGCAGAGAGACGUUGGCAGAAACGGCGCCUCAAGUGGAUCUUCGGCUUUAUCGACACGGAUGGCACGGGCGCGCUGCCGGUGCAGAAGAUCAACUUACUGUGGCAUGAACUGAACAUCAACUCCUCUGAAGGUCAACAGGUGUUGUCCGCCGUCCUUCGGCAAGAGAAGCAAGGGCGACGUGCUGGGGGCGGUCGGCAGAUUGGAGGUGGACGCUUGGUGAACCUGAUGGAUUGGGCCAAGAUGUUGACCUUGAUUGAUCAGAAACACGUGAAGGCGGUCUACCGUGCGCUGCGCGACGACUUGUACGGCCACCAACGGAGUUGCUCCGUGCUGACCUGUGAGGAUGAGGACUUGGCCUUGCGCAGCAACUUCGGACACGAUGUGCAGAUCGCAGUCGAGAACCUCGCACAGUUCUUCACGAAUGUCCAGGGUGUGUGGCCGCCCCCAUCAGUGCAGCAGGUGCAACGAAUGCUCUCUCGCAUACCUUUUUCGAAGGAAAGGAGCUUGUCCACAGAGGCCCUCGCCCAACUGCUAUGCUCUCCUGGGAAUGCACUGGCAGACCCGGCGAAGAGGUCCUUGUUCCAGGAUAUGACACAACCCUUGUGUGCCUACUUUGUCGACACCUCUCACAACACCUAUUUGGAGGGCAAUCAGCUGAGCAGCCGCUCUUCCGUGUUGCGCUACGUGGAAGUGCUUCGUGCAGGUUGUCGCUCCGUCGAGGUGGACGUAUGGGACGGGAAGAAUGGGGAGCCAAUGGUGAAGCACGGCUACACCGUGACCACCGAAGUCUUGUUUCAGGACGUGGUCCAAGCCAUCGCAGAUCAUGCGUUCGUGGCCUCGGAGUAUCCGCUGGUGAUCUCCAUUGAACAGCACUGUUGUGCCUUGCAGCGCGUCCGGCAGGGGCAGAUCAUGGAGGAGUUGCUGGGUGAGCAGCUGCUGCGACCCCCGUGGGAUGAACAGAGGCAGCGUAUUGAUCCCUCUGUGCACUUUGACUUGUCUCCCUGGUCUGCUCGCCGGCGCGUUUUGGUGAAGUCGUCCAUUGGCUGCUGUGAACGUUGCCGCGGGCCGCUUCCGACCUAUGACCGUUGCAUUGCAUUGCCCACCCGGAAGCUCUUGCAAAAGCUGGUCGAUCGUGAGGCGGAUCAUCCAGGUGCUCAUGGCAGUUUGUCCCCUGUGUACGGAGCCUCCGUGUCCCCAGCAGCCUCGGGUGAGCCGAGCUAUCCAUGGCAUGUGGCCUCAGGAACGGCGGCCAAAGUGCAAAAGUUGGAGAAGAGAAUCUCAUUCCGACAGAGCAAAAACAUUUGGGCACCCCUAUGUUCUUUUUUUAGUGAUUGUUCUUCGGCCACCAACUACCACGGACAUCAUGUCCCGGGCAACUGUAUUAUACCAUGCUUGUUGUGUGUGUGUUUGUGUGGAAACCAUCGUCUUUGGCAUUGA